ACAGGUCGCAAGUGAAGUGGUCGUGCCGGUAUCAAGGGCUCGUGCAGUUUUGGUCCAUUGUCAUCGUUUUUGAUGAGAAGCAGUAGGCGAUCUUGUGAAAUAGAUCACGUGUAUGCACGUAUCGAACGAUAAUACGUAAAUCAGGGGAACAACGAAAGCCAGUGUGAGCGGGUGGUAUAUUCGAUCGGUGCGUGUAUGCGAGCGCAACCGCGUGCGGGCGGUUCCCACACGUCCGUGCAACAAGUGUCAUACACGACAGCGCGGCGAAUAAACUGACUGUUUCGAAGAGAUUUCCAUACAGACGCUGUGCAUGGUGUUCGUUGUUUCAUCGGUGAAUAGAGAGGACUACCGGCGAGGAUGGGCUGCGCGGUAAGCACCACCGGUGAGAAAGAAGCCGCAGAGAGGUCUAAGAAGAUCGACAAGGAUCUCAGAGCCGAUGGCGAGCGGGCCGCCAGUGAGGUCAAGCUCCUCCUGCUCGGAGCGGGAGAAUCUGGAAAAUCCACUAUAGUAAAACAAAUGAAAAUUAUCCAUGAAACUGGCUAUAGCAAAGAAGAAUGUGAACAAUAUAAACCUGUAGUGUACAGUAACACGAUACAGAGUCUUAUGGCAAUAAUUAGAGCCAUGGGACAGCUUAGAAUUGAUUUUGCAGACCCUAAUAAAGCGGAUAUAGCACGCCAAUUCUUUACCCUAGCUUCAGCAGCAGAAGAGGGUGAGUUAACUGGGGAACUGGUGUUAUUAAUGAAACGAUUAUGGCAGGAUGCAGGAGUACAGCUUUGUUUCACACGUAGUAGAGAAUACCAGCUGAAUGACUCAGCAGCAUACUACCUUAAUGCUUUAGAUCGCAUAGCACAACCUAAUUACAUUCCUACCCAGCAAGAUGUUCUCAGAACACGUGUAAAAACUACAGGAAUAGUAGAAACACAUUUUUCAUUUAAGGGCCUACACUUUAAAAUGUUUGAUGUUGGUGGUCAAAGAUCAGAGAGAAAAAAGUGGAUACACUGUUUUGAAGGUGUUACUGCCAUUAUAUUUUGUGUUGCGCUAAGUGGCUAUGACUUAGUUCUUGCAGAAGAUGAAGAAAUGAACAGAAUGAUAGAAUCAAUGAAACUAUUUGAUUCCAUCUGCAAUAGCAAAUGGUUCGUUGAAACGUCGAUUAUUUUAUUUCUAAACAAAAAAGAUCUUUUCGAAGAGAAGAUCACCAGGAGCCCCUUAACUAUUUGUUUCCCAGAGUAUAAAGGUGCCAACACAUAUGAAGAAUGUGCUUCUUACAUUCAAAUGAAAUUCGAGAAUUUGAACAAAAGGAAAGAUCAGAAACAAAUUUAUACACAUUUUACAUGUGCCACAGACACAUCUAAUAUACAAUUUGUUUUUGAUGCUGUAACUGAUGUUAUCAUCAAAAACAACUUGAGCAAUUGUGGUUUAUUAAGUUAAACAUUCCAAUACUCUAUUGAAUUGAA